AUGGGUUCCAGUGAGAUUGAUCGAGUGGAUGUGGUUAGCAAGCCUGCUGAAGGGGAUCCAAUGCCCGAUCCCAUGGCUGCAUUUCUUCCAAAGGAUGCGAAGCCCUGGUAUAGGCAAUCCCAUCUUCUACGUCUCAACUUCAUCAUUUUCUCCCUAGUGAUGUACUCUUCGGCCAACGGUUAUGACGGAUCUCUGAUGAACGGUUUGGAGGCAUUGUCCCAAUGGAAAGCCUUCAUGAACAAUCCGGCUGGCUCCUGGCUUGGAUGGAUCAAUGCGAUCCACUGGCUUGGCUGUGGUGUGGGUUAUCCCACAGCAUCAUGGAUUGCCAAUCGAUACGGUCGUAAGCCAGGUGUCUACGUGGGCUAUGUCUUCCUGGCACUUGGAGUCGCUCUUCAAACUGCGGCGCAAAAUGACACAACGUUCCUCUUUGCCCGUCUAUUCCUGGGCUUUGCGUCUGCUCUGUUUGGAAACUCAGUCCCUCUUCUCAUCAACGAGAUCGCCUACCCAACACACCGCGGCAUCUUGAACUCGCUCUUCAUGUCGGGCUGGUAUGUCGGUGGAACGGUGGCAGCUUGGGUUGUCUUCGCAUCACGAACAUACCCUUCAUCCUGGGCUUGGCGCCUUCCCUCGAUCCUCCAGGCCCUGGUACCACUCAUCGGCCUGCCCGGAUUCCUGCUCGCUCCGGAAAGCCCUCGAUGGCUGGUGUCGGUUGGAAGAGACGACGAAGCCCAGGCAAUUCUCGCUCAGUAUCACGCUGCUGGCGAUACCUCUUCGCCUCUGGUCAAUUAUGAGAUGCAAGAUAUCAUCACCACUAUCCGAGCCGAGCAAGAGGCCAACAACAACGGCAGCUACCUGGAGAUGGUCCAAACCCCCGGCAACCGUCGACGCCUCAUGAUCUCCAUUAGUCUGGGUCUUUUUUCCCAAUUCGCAGGGAAUAACCUUGUGUCGUAUUACUUGUCUCUGAUUCUGGACUCUGUUGGGGUCACCAAGGUCCGCGAUCAGACUCUCAUCUCGGCCUGCCUGCAGAUGUGGGAUCUGGCCUUCGCCGUUCUAAGUGCAUAUCUGAUUGAUCGGUUGGGUCGUCGUCCUCUUUUCCUAGCAUCGGCAGUGAUCAUGUUCGUCAGCUAUGUCCUGGUUACCGCACUGUCUGGCAGCUUCGCAGUGACGAACAAAGCGGCCACUGGAGGUGCCGCCAUUCCGUUCCUCUUCACCUUCUUCGCCGGAUACUGUAUCGCCCUUACACCCUUCCUCACGGCAUACCCCUGCGAAAUCUGGCCGUACCGUCUUCGGUCUCGCGGAGUGACUGUCACCUGGGUGGCUGCGAUUUCUGGCAUCUUCUUCAACACAUUCGUCAACCCCAUUGCUCUGGAGGCUAUUGCAUGGAAAUACUACAUCGUGUUCGUCGUGGUGCUGCUGGCCUUUGGUCUGACCGCGUACUUCUACUAUCCCGAGACCAAGGGCUACACUCUUGAGCAAGUGGCUGUGAUCUUCGACGGUCCGGAUGCCCUAGUGGCCAACACUACUGAGGUAGCCACGGCCGCCGAGGCCAAGUCUAGGUCGUUGGCUGUUCACAGUGAAUCGGUUUGA